GCAAAUUAAAAUGUAUCCACACAAGCAAGGAGAGGAAGCUAUUGUGUCAAAUUUCAAUGAAACCGAUCAUGAUGGGGAAGUUGAGAAAUCAGAAGAAGAUCAGUCCAUUUUCAAUCUCAAAAGUCUCUUCUGGCAUGGUGGUUCUGUUUGGGAUGCUUGGUUCAGUUGUGCAUCUAAUCAAGUUGCUCAAGUGCUGUUGACACUACCAUAUUCAUUUUCUCAACUUGGUAUGGUAUCAGGGAUAGUGCUUCAAGUGUUUUAUGGUCUUGUUGGAAGUUGGACUGCAUACCUCAUCAGUGUUCUCUACAUAGAGUAUAGAAGUAGAAAAGAGAAAGAAGGUGUUAGCUUCAAGAAUCAUGUCAUUCAGUGGUUCGAAGUACUUGAUGGACUACUGGGUCCUUACUGGAAAGCACUGGGGCUUGCCUUCAACUGUACUUUUCUUCUGUUUGGAUCUGUCAUACAACUUAUUGGUUGCGCAAGUAACAUAUAUUACGUCAAUGAUCAUUUAGACAAGAGGACAUGGACAUAUAUAUUUGGAGCAUGUUGUGCUACCACUGUUUUUAUUCCUUCUUUUCAUAACUACCGGAUUUGGUCUUUUCUUGGCCUUGGGAUGACCACUUACACAGCAUGGUACUUAACUGUUGCUGCUAUAGCUCAUGGCCAGGUUGAAAAUGUGCAACACUCAGCUCCAGCGAAGCUUGUGCUGUAUUUCACUGGUGCCACCAAUAUUCUUUACACCUUUGGUGGACAUGCUGUUACUGUGGAAAUCAUGCAUGCAAUGUGGAAACCCCAGAAGUUCAAGUACAUUUACUUAAUAGCCACACUCUACGUUUUCACCCUAACCAUUCCAUCAGCUGCAGCAGUCUACUGGGCAUUCGGAGACCAACUUUUAAACCAUAGUAACGCUUUUUCGCUUCUUCCUAAAGACGGAUGGCGCGAUGUUGCAGUUAUAUUGAUGUUGAUUCACCAGUUUAUUACGUUCGGAUUUGCUUGUACGCCGUUGUACUUUGUGUGGGAGAAGGUGAUAGGGAUGCAUGACACUAAAAGCAUAUGCUUAAGGGCACUUGUUAGGUUGCCUGUUGUGAUACCUAUAUGGUUCUUGGCUAUUAUUUUCCCAUUCUUUGGGCCUAUUAACUCUGCUGUUGGGGCUCUGUUGGUUAGUUUCACUGUCUACAUCAUCCCAGCUCUUGCUCAUAUGCUCACUUAUAGAAAAGCCUCUGCUCGACAGAAUGCAGCAGAGAAGCCACCAUCAUUCAUGCCAAGCUGGACUGUCAUGUAUGCCAUUAACAUAUUUAUAGUGGGCUGGGUUUUGGUUGUUGGGUUUGGGUUUGGUGGAUGGGCCAGCAUGAGCAAUUUCAUCAAACAGGUUGAUACAUUUGGCCUUUUUGCAAAAUGUUACCAGUGCAAACCAGCAGUACCUCCGCCAAGUCUGCCACCACAUUCGUCGCCUCAGGCCACUGUGCACCCCUAGAUGUCGGAGAAGUCAAUGGUCAAAAUGUUCGAUGAAUAUUUUUGUAUUUAACCCCACAUGUGUUGAGUGCUAAAUUUUCUUUUUCUUUUGCUAGUGUUUUGAUUUUUUUCCUUACGAUAUUAGAUAUGUGUCGGAUUGCUGGUUAAUUUACUAUCAAAGGAUAGGCUAAUUAAAUCAAGAUAUGUUAGUUUCACUCC